UGGUGGCAUUGCUGGUGUAACGUACAUUGCAUGUGAUGCCGAAAUGGUGACGGUGCUGAGCGAGCUGAGCUUGGAGUACUCGUUUGCAGAGCUGCAGCAGGCGACCAGCAACUUCCACGAGAACAACCGUCUAGGCUAUGGGUCCUUUGGCGGGGUCUUCAAGGGAAUUAAAAGAGAUGGUACGGAGUGCGCAAUCAAGGUGUUGGAUGUGCCGGAGGAGUCUGGUUUCGAGGAAGAGGUGCGCGUCCUCAGCAAGUUCCGACACCCAAACCUGGUGAUCCUCAUGGGCUUCGCAAAGAACGGGCCCCAGCGGCUGCUGGUCUACGAGCACCUGGGUGGCGGGGAUGUCUUCCGUCGGCUGCAAAAAUGUGCAGUGGACAAUGUACCCUUCACCUGGCGUGAGCGGGUCAGCGCCUCCUUGGAUGCAUCCUGCGGUUUGUCACACCUCCACAACUCCACGCCCAAGGUCUUUCACCGUGACAUCAAGUGCCCCAACAUCUUGUUGGACCGAAACGGCACGGCCAAGAUGGCAGACUUCGGCCUCGCCUGCUGCACGCACGACAAAGUGCAGAAGGUGGACCAGGCUGCAGGGACAGUGGGCUAUGCUUGUCCGCACUACGUGAACAAGGGCAUGGUCACAGAGGGCAGCGAGGUCUACAGCUUUGGCAUUGUCCUCCUCGAGCUUCUUACAGCUGCGCAGCCCGCAUGCAUGUCAGAGGGCCCGGAUGGGAGUCAGCAGUACACCUUCCUCGUCUCCCACCUCAACGGGGAUGUGCGCAUCGCGGUGAACAUGGCAGAUCCCAAGGCAGAUUGGCCCCACACUGUGGCCUGGGACUUUGCCAUGCUGGCCCUGCGGUGCACGGAGUACCAAGAGGAGGCGCGGCCGUGCUUCACGGAGGUGGUCACCACCCUUCGCGCCCUGUGCGUCGAGCCGGCGACCUCGCCGUCCCCCCCCUCGCAAGCUCCGCCGCCCCCACCUCCCCAGCCAAACCCAAUGCACUUCCAGGUGCAAGCCCAACAAGCCCAACAAGCCCAACAGGCGCAGCAGGCGCAGCAGGCGCAAGCGCAAGCGCAAGCGCAGGCCCAGGCGCAGGCGCAGCAGGCGCAGCAGGCGCAGGCGCAGGCGCAGCAGGCCCAGGCGCAGGCGCAGCAGGCGCAGCAGGCACAGCAAGCACAGCAAGCGCAGCUUCAGCGGCUGCAGCAGCAGCGUCCAGUUGUGUUGCAACCCGCCGCUUUCAAAAGUGGGCUGGUGCCUGACGAAGAGGAGCGCAAAGGCAUAAGGAAUGUGAAUGCAAUGCAGAAUGUGCACCGGCAAGUCUCUGUGGCCUCUGAAGACCGGUACGGUUCAGGCAGCCCCGCCACGCCGCAGCUCAUGCCCAUGCACAGCGUGUCUCGGCCGGUGCGUAUCUCCGUCCAGAAGCCCUUGCUGUGGACACUUGAGUGCAUCUCUUCUCGGUGUUCAAGUCUGAUUCUCCUCCCCAAGGAGCAGAAGGUGCUGGCGCACCGGCGGGAAGGAGGAAGUCUGCCGAACUUCCGCUUUGGGCGCCUUUUUCAGGACGACUUCUGUCGCUUGGUGCUUCCUGAUGACCAUUUAUUCCACCAAGUCUCCAGGGAGCACUUCCAGAUUUGGGCAGAGGAGUGGCCCAGCCUGCCAUCAGUGGCAAUGGCGGGGCAGCCUUGCACCUUUUUUCUGACAAACUACGGCACGGUGGGCACCAUUGUGGAUGGCGUCAUGCUGGACGCUCGCGGGCAGGAAGCGCGACUGCACAAUGGCAGUGUCAUUGGGCUGCUGGGCCGGGUCAUUGUGGAGGGCGGCGAGAUGAAACUGCCCUUCCUGGAGUUCCGCUUUGGCCUGGAGGGGUCUGUCUUGGAGGAUGCUGAUGAGAUUUACGAGUCCAUGCUGAAGCGGAGCGCGAGGCCCGUGCCCAGAAGGUCGCCGAGCCCAGGCCCGCCUCAGCCCCGCAAGGAGUCGGAGAUGCCAGAGAGUUGCGGCGUGUCCAUCCCGGGCGGUGUCUCCUUCGUCGGAGCUGAUGUGGAGCCUAUCUUCGUCCUGGAGGUGGGCGGCACCGCAGUGCGGGGGCCGUGGGAGCAGCGCCAUGUGCUGCACGGGCCCUCCGCUUCUGCCUGCGCUGCAGCGCCGGGCUGCGAGGCGCCAUGCCCUCCCUUGUUGCUGGGCAGCCUACAAGCAGGCUUUUGGCAACGGAUCCUCAACGAUGAAGCGAUUCAUUUUCUUGCGCCUCGGCACCUCCAGAUCGAGGUGGAGGAGGCAGCGGAGCGCCGCUUCCUUCUAAGGAAUCUCAGCUCUAUGCCCCUCCGAGUGGAGGGGGCCCCGGAGGAUGGCGGCCACGAGAGCAUGCGUCUUCCAGAGGAUGGCAGGUGGCAGUUGCACCACGGCGACACCAUCAUUCUGAAUUUGUCCAAGGGUAGCUCAAUGUGGAUGGUCUUCCGCGAGAUCAUGGCCAAGGAGGAUGUCACCCUGUGACAGCUUUGGGGCA